UAUCUGCAAUGAUUAUUGAAAUGGUUUCCAUGGAUACCGCUAGUCUUCCUCCGCAAGAAAGAUGAUUGUGUGUUUUUAGUAUAUUUAUAAUCAGUAACGUUCUCAAGACCCCCCGCCUGGCUGUGUGGUGCGUGUGGACCCCCCUCCUAGCUGUGAGUGUGCGUGUGUGGAGGAGACAGGAUUAGGACUCUAAUUAGUGCCCCUCUACCAGUGCUAUGAUGCUGCAAGCCCACCCUCCCUACUACAAGUUGAGUGAGUCCACUCUGAGGAGAGCCAGUACCAAGCCCUCCCACUCAAGUGUUGGAAGCAACAGUACUCCACAUGCUCCAAGAAUCAAGAAAGCGCUUGUCCUACCCUCGGCCUCACAGGAACCUCACCAACCCCCACAAGGUGAUGUUACAUCGACUCCGUCUACUUCCUGUGUCCUGGUACAACCGUUCAGACGAACACACCGCAAGUUUCCUCCACCAGGUGUUCCAUUGUUGGACCUUUCAAAGUUCAACGAACCAGACGAACAAAUGAAGCCAAUUAAAGUUACUAUGAUAACAGCAACAGAGAGGUCUAUUUUAAGUUGGGGAAGUGUACCUGGAGACACAAGACUAGAGCAGUUAACCUCUGACCUUUGUGUAGAGGAUGUUGUAGAUGAAACCACGCCCCCUCACACUCCAGCGUACUCACCACCCGUUGCCAUGGAGCUUAACAACAGUUGUUCACUGGAGCCUUGUCAGAGUAAGUUCAUGGAGGAUAAAGUAUUGUCCAAUGAAAGGCCUUGUGAAGGAGUGGUUCCUCGUGAGCCAGCCAUCAGAGCAGCCAUCCCACGGUCAUCACUAGCCAAAAAACUACGCUUUGAAGCUCGUGUAUUGACACAGAAUGGCCGUGACGUUCAUAGAGAAUUGUGUGGAUUCUUCUUCUUGUUUGAUGGCUCACUCACUGUUUAUGAGUUCAGGCAGUUUGGAAAAAAGUCAUCAGCACUGCCUAUCAUAGGGCGUAGUGUCUAUAAGCACUUGUAUGGUCCUAGUGUUGGACAACCUUAUGAGAUUAAUUGGAUACAGAAAGGGGCGACCCUGAGCUUUACCAGUAACGAGCACCCAGCUCUCCCAGACACACUGUCUAAACAACCUGUCCUGUCUCUCAUCAUCACCUUUGUUGAUGAAGUUGACAAGAAACAACUCCUCACUGAGGGGCGUAAUCCAGUGGAGAUAGGACAAGUGGAGAAGUAUUUAAGCCACCAUAUUAAUGAUGAUGAAGACAAGGAAUUGUACAGGACCUUGCAAGGGAUGGUUGUGAGUCGACUACACGGUCACUCUAGCAAGACUCUCGUUGGCUUAGGGAGGGAACUGCUGAGCAAUGGAGACACCAUCUCUAAACAACAACUACAACAAAGCCUCAGAAACUAUCACAUCUCUCUAACUGUAGAGGAUAUGGAUACACUCUGGUUGUGCAUUGUGUCCAAUCAGAGACACCAAUCCUCUGCUCUUCUUAGCAACCAUCACCAUGGUGAUGUGACCCUUUCCUCUGUCCAUCCUAGCAACCAUUGCCAUGGUGAUGUGAGGGUGGAUGGGCUUGUAUCUGUUCUGGUUGGCCCUAUCCCUGAAGAUAGACAAGCACUUAUAAGAAAGGUGUUCCGGAAACUUGAUCCACUCAAAACUGGCUCUCUGGAUAUUAAGAUACUGCACAGGUAUUUCAGAGGUCAAAGGUCAGAUGAGAAUUGGUCGUCCCUGUACGAGUGUCUACAACCGAUUGGUCGCACGUCACACCUCACCUACGCUGAUUUUGAGCACUACUAUCAUGGCCUCAGUUUAGAGACGCCCUCGGAUGUUGUCUUUAGCUCUCUUCUCAGAAACUGUUGGUCUGUAUGACCCGCCCACUCAUCAUCACUCUUAUAAUUAUUUUCUAUUUUGUGUGAGCUUGUGUUCAAAGUUAAUAAUUACAA